GUUAUUUUGAGCUGCAUAAGUCCUGCUGUAACCCAGCAAAAUAAUAGGAGGAGUCGAGCUCUUCGCUGUCCAUUCUGUUCCUCAGAGCUCAUUACUGCGGCUGACGGAGGGGGAAAAAAAAGAAAAACAAGCGUGUUCUCUCUGCAUGGAACUUCAAGUUGGAUCCUCAUUUUAAAGAGAUGGAGAACGGGCCUCUGCAGGUCCUGACCUUCCCCACGGCCCCCUACCCUGACCAGAGACCAGGAACCAGUGGCCUUAGGAAGAAGGUUUAUGUAUUUCAGUCCAAGAGGAACUAUCUGCACAACUUCAUCCAGAGUAUUUUCUCCUCCAUAGACCUGCCCGACCGUCAGGGUGCAACCCUGGUGGUGGGAGGAGAUGGACGUUUCUUCAACAGAACGGCUAUCGGGGUCCUUGUUCAGAUGGCAGCCGCCAACGGGAUUGGUCGCCUUAUCAUUGGUCACCAUGGGAUGAUGUCAACGCCAGCGGUGUCUUGUGUGAUCAGGAAAUACAAAGCCAUUGGUGGGAUCAUCCUCACUGCCAGCCACAACCCUGGCGGACCCAACGGAGACUUUGGCAUAAAGUUUAACACAGCAAGUGGAGGUUCAGCCAGGGAGGAUGUCACAAGCAAGAUCUACCAGCUCAGCAGAACCAUUGGGGAGUUUGCCAUUUGCCCUGGAUUGCGCGUGGAUCUGAAAACGCUMGGCAAACAGGCKUUUGAUCUGGAGAACAAGUUCAAACCCUUCACAGGUGAUGGGGGUCCAGUGCUGGGACCGUAUGUGAAGAGAAUACUGUGUGAGGAGCUGGGCUGCCCGGCUAACUCUGCCAUUAACUGUGUCCCGUUGGAAGACUUCGGAGGUCAACCACCCGAUCCGAACCUUAUGUACRCCACAGACCUGGUUGACAGCAUGAGAGACGGACAGCAUGACUUUGGCGCAGCGUUCGACGGGGAUGGGGACCGCAGCAUGAUCCUGGGUAAGCACGGCUUCUUCGUCACCCCGUCUGACUCCGUGGCUGUGGUAGCCGACAACAUCUUCUGCAUCCCGUACUUUCAGCACACGGGCGUCAGAGGCUUUGCCCGCAGCAUGCCCACAAGCACGGCGUUGGACAGAGUAGCCAAAGCAACGAAAAUAGAGCUGCAUGAAACUCCCACCGGCUGGAGGUUCUUUGGGACCCUGAUGGACGCCGGCAUGCUGUCUUUGUGCGGAGAGGAAAGCUUUGCAAUAGGUGCGGACCACAUUCGGGAGAAGGAUGGGCUUUGGGCUGUGCUGGCAUGGCUGUCCAUCAUCGCGACCAGACGGCAGAGUGUGGAGGACAUCCUGAAGGAUCACUGGCUAAAAUAUGGAAGGAAUUACUUCACAAGAUAUGACUAUGAGAAUGUAGACAUAGAUGCAGCAUGUGACAUGAUGGAGGACCUGGAGAUUCUGAUCUCCGACAAGUCCUUCGUGAAGCAGAGAUUCGCGGUCGAGGACAAAAUCUACCAGGURGAAAAAGCCGACAACUUCGAAUACACCGACCCCUUGGACAGCACCAUAACCCGGAACCAGGGACUGCGAAUCAUCUUCUCUGAYGGCUCCAGGAUCGUCUACAGACUGGGUGGGACGGGCGCCGAGGGAGCCACCGUCAGGAUCUACAUCGACAGCCACGAAAGGAAACUCCUGUUUGAAGAGACGCAGGUGAUGCUGGCACCCCUGGCGACCAUUGCUCUGAAGAUUUCUCAGCUUCACCACAGGACGGGUCGAAACGGCCCGUCGCUCAUUACGUAAACCUUCCCCCGAAUGCCCUCAACUUCCAGGAAUUUUAUUUUAUUUUUUCUGUUUUGUUUUAUUGUUCUGCCUUUAUUUUUGUAUAAACAGAGCAGGAAGUCAAAGAGUGAAAGCACUGUGUGCGACAGGUGAAAUUUCUGACUCAUAUUUGUAGUUUUCCUCUUGCAUCUGGUAUGUAAUCGAGUGCAAUUUUUUUUUGUUUGUUUGUUUAGUUUUUUUUGCCAUUUAUCUGCUUUUUGCUUAUGGAUUUUCAUCUCGAAUGGAUUAUGCCAGAUCAGAGUAAAUACUUAUUUCACACAGCAUGGCUCUGUUUCCUUCCACUGUCAUUGUUUUCCUAAUAUUAGGACUUAAAAGAAAGAUUGUUUUCUGAAGAUUAUUGUCAGCUGAAUUUCACAUAGUCAAGCCAGCUACAUAUUUUAUACAAUAUUAUAUUUGAAUACAGACACUGUCUCAGUUAAAAACAUAAUAAAACAAAACAAAGACAAACUUCUUUCUUUAAGCUUCAAACUUGAAUCAUUUAUGCUCUCUAAUUGGAGGAAAUUAAAACUCCUCGGCGAAUAAUAACWUAAAACUKAGCAUGUGYGACAAAAAMCAGMCUGCCAUUAAAAUCAGCACUCCAGAAAAUUAUAAAAACAAAAACAAGGCAGCAUUUGAUUAUMUUGUUCACCAGAAAAAAUGAACUCUUUCUUUUUUCUCUGUCAUCAUGAAUAAACCCACGUUUCUUUGUACCGUGUGUCGUUUCUAUCUAAUAUCUGUUACAMACCCAGGAUGAGACGGGAAGAAUACAGUGUGAAAGAAGAAUGUUUUAGYUACCAGACUUCCAUCCAGACAACGACAGCAGGAGUCACUGAUAUCUGCUCCUGCUCUGUGAUCACUGACRUUGAAUUGUUGCUCUCUUUUGGUUUCUGAACCUGAAAUCUGUCSAGACACCAACACUGUCCAGUUUWAUUGUGUUCUGCAUUUCUACAAAAGACAAAAAAAAACAAAGAACACUAUUAAAAACGUGGAAUGAUGGCAGCAAGUCAUCAUAACAUGCAAAACACAAAACAUUUUGACAAGUGAGUCAGGAAUAUGGUUGAGAAAGACACACUUAAAGAAGAUACACAUGUGAAUAAAUUUAUUAAUCCAG